UCGAUCGUUGUUAAAACCCUACAUAGAAACAAAACACAACAUUCUCUGCAGUUUCUGAAACCAUCGUUUUUGACGGCGAUGGCUGAUUCUUCAACAAACCCAAAAGAUCACCAAAACACACGUCUCUACCAUCCCUACCAACACCUCAACAACGUCCCCAUUGACAAACUCUACAACCUCCCCACUUCACCGGAACAUCUCUUCCAGGAAGAUAUUAUCAGAAAGCACCGUUCAUGGGGAGAAAAUGUUCAAUACUACACCGGCACCGGUUAUCUCUCCGGAGCGAUCAUCGGUGGAGCCAGAGGAACCGUUCAAGGGUUAAGGGAGGCAGAGGCAGGUGAAUCUGUUAAGCUUCGGGUUAACCGUGUUCUUAACUCCGGUGGUCAGGGUGGUCGGAGACUUGGAAACUCGCUUGGUGUGUUGGGGUUGAUCUUUGCGGGAUUGGAGAGUGGGAUGACUUACUUUAGGGAUACGGAUGAUUUGGUUAAUAGUGCUGUUGCUGGGCUUGGUACCGGAGCGAUUUAUAAGGCUGCAGCCGGUCCAAGAUCGGCUGCUAUUGCUGGUGCUGUUGGUGGAAUUGUAGCGGCUGUGGCGGUUGCUGGGAGGCAAGCUUUGAAACGAUAUGUUCCGAUAUAAUGCUAUUGAUUACAAUUUAAUUUUGGAGAGGGUUGCUGAAGGGUGAAUAAAGUUUAGGUUAAAUUUAGUGGUUUGUAAGUUUAAUAAUGUUUGCAUGUUUGGAUUGACGAUUGGAUGGUAAAUUUGACGAAAUUCCAAUGACACCUUUAUUUUCUCGAAGCUAUUAGAGUGUAGCUUUUGCUAAAAAUCACGGUGGCAUGCUGAUUCGGGCUAAGCAGCGGCCAAUCUAAACACACACUUAGUUGUUUUCGCAGAUUGCUUUUGUAAACCCUCUCCAUAAAUUUACGUAUUUAAAUUGAAGCACAAAUGUGACAUUGUAUUUAAAUUGCUUUAUUAUUGAUUUAAAUAAAAUGUUUAAUGAUUAAUGUAAAA